CAUUUCUCAACUUGAGCAAUCUAUAAAGAAUUAGAUGUUUGUUACGUAUUUUUUCCACUUUUUUUCAACGUGAUGUAAUGAGCAACGAGCGUGUACUAUGUUACGAUUUGAACAUUGGAAUUACGUUCCCGUUGAAAUAGGCCAUUGUAUCGUAAAAAUUUAAGGUGUAUUGGUGAAUUGAUUAUAAUCAGUGUGUUUAAUUAUCCGAUCAUACGCAGUUGACAGUCGUAUUUUGAACUUCGUUCAACGUUUAUCGGUACUUUACGCGUAUCUUCAUGCAGUUGCUUUUGAAUUUUGUCCGAAAAACGGAAUAAAUUUUUAAGCGUGUUGAAUGAUUUUUUCUUUGUUUAAAAAUUUAAAUUUGAAGAUUUUCAAUUAGCGAAUUGAGAAACAUGAAUUCAGACUCAUUAUCAAUAUCAUCCGAUAUCGCUGAGUGUAUAAAAAAUAGCAAAGAUAUUAUUAACGAAGUUGUUACUUUGGAACAGACGAGAAAUUGGACAGAAGCUAUUAAAAAAUUGGAAAUUACUCUUAAACAGAUGGACGAGCUUUUAAACCAAACAAACGGAACUGAUAUUCCAUCGAAUCAGGCAGAAGCCAACGACAAUUUAUUGUUAGCAGAAAUUAAUUCGUUGAGAGUCGAAGUUAUCCAACACUUGGAGAAUUGCAAUACACAAUUACUGUCUGAUGUGGAAGCUAUUGCUCCUCCAUCGUAUGAAGAAGCCAUGUCAACUUCAACGUCUGCCUGCAGUCAGGAUAGUUAUGAUGGAAGUACAAAUUCAUCUUGUGCUAGUCAUCUUUCUUAUAGUGAAUUGGGAUGUGUACUGGAAAAUUUGAAAAGUGAUACCGGAGCUCAAUCCUCACAAAUGAUUUAUAGUUGUGACGAUGUGACGCUGUACUUUAUUUCAUCUCUUGGAACUGUUUCUGUAUCAAGCGGUCCUGAAACAGUUCGAAUUUUUGAAAUCGAAGAUGGCGGUCGCGAGUCUUUACCAAAAUAUUAUCUUCAGAUUUACACGUUUGUUUAUCCAUUGAUUCCCAAAGUAUCCCCAUGUAUUAAAACCGAAUUCGGAGCAAUUCUUUUACCCAACAUAAACAUUGAAAGAAAUGAAAAUUCGGAUAUAGAAUCAGUUGGGUUAGUUGUUAAAAAAGAAAAGGAAGAAGAAUUCAUUUCAACGUUGGAGAAUAUUUUGCAAACGAAAAUUGUACUUUGUAAUACGAAAGAACCUGCUCACAUCAGCGUCAAAAUCUCCGAAUGCAUUACUAAUGGUGCUGAGUAUGUAUCCAAUUUUUUGAUAAAUGGAGCUCAAAAAGCUGGGGAAUUUUUAGAUGGUAAUACUCCCAAGUUGAUGAAUAAAAUAAAUCCGGCCAACGAAAACAGACGAGUGGCUCCUUGUGUAUCCAAUGGUAUUCGGAUUGCUAGAGAUGUUACCGCCAUAACCGCCAAUGUUACGGGAUUUGUUGCUUCUAGAGUUGGUGCGGCUACUAUAUUACUUGGUCAAUAUCUUGCUCCUCACAUUAAGAAAGGAAGCUGUAAAAUCCUCACUAAUACCGUUGGUAUGAGAGAAGAAGAUGCUUCUAAUAAAGUCGCGGCGGUGUUUAAUGUUACUGCAGGUGCUGUUGAAGGAAUCGGUACAAUUUAUCGCGGAUUGGAAUUAUCAGCCAGAAUUUUUGGCGCCAGUCUGUCUAAUAAUACAGUUCAAGUUGUUACUCACAAGUAUGGUCCAUCAGCUGGUAGAUUCACUGAAGACACUUUUCAAACAGUCAGCAAUAGCGUUCAAAUCGGAACUAAUAUUCGCUUUUUCAAACCUUCCAAACUUGUUAAAUCAACCGCCAAGGGCGCAGUUAUUUCCCAAUCUGUUGUAGACCGAAAUUCUGGAGCUUGUCGUGAUGAGCCUGCUGCUUCUUCUUCUAAAGUAUCAAUGAUGGCCGAAGCAAUUUGAUAGUGAUAUAUGUAGUUCGAAUGCGCUGUCGUAUCUUUAUUCUCAGAAUAACUCGAAUUCUCUGUUUAAUGUUAAUAUUCUGAACUCAAAAUACAAAGAACAUUUUUUGUGGAAUAGCGAUGUUUAAACCCUUCCCCCCCCAAUGCAUAUUGUAUCUAUGCGUUCGAAGUUUUUCAUUUUUUUACGUAGUAUAUAUUUUUCUGGGAGGUGUUACCAGAAUCAAAUUUUGUUACUACAUAGUUCGUACCUACCUAUGUGAUUUAUUUUGUUUUUAUUUUUAAUGAACUGUUACCUGCGAUUUCUGGUUAUUAUUGAAUAAUUUCAAUUGUUACCUGUGUAUACUCUUAUGAAUAUGAUUGUAGAAUUGAUAAAUUAUCGUUGCCCUUUUUUCUAUUUUGAAUUAAUGAAAAUGUGUAUGUAAUUCGAUAAAUAAUCAAAUCAGUGUUACGUAAUGAUGAAGAUGAAUUAAGUAUUUUAAAAUAUUUUAUUAUUUCUUAAUUCUUAUAAUAGAUAUUGGUGAAAAGGAUUUGCGGUAGUUUUUAUUUUGAUGGUGUUGAUAUUCAAAAAUUGCCUAAUAAAUAAUUUACAUUUUUCUCUCA